CGUUUGGCCCUUCAAAGCAGUCUUUGAAACUGGGUAUUCAGCUGGAGGGUUUAGUUUGGGAAUCGCGAGAAGGGAAUUAUGGCGGGGGAGUCGAAACCUAGUAUUAACGUGAGAUGUCAUCACUGCGCGGGUCCUCUAUCCAAGGAAAUGGAAACCAGUCGGUGGACUGUUCCACCGCUUAUCAGGGAUAGCUUUUCCAUGAUUGGUUCUGCUGUUGGUGGUACAACAAGUGCUUUUUAUGGAUUCAACCACGUGAUGCCAAUAGUCCGGAGGCGGGUAAAAGGCCCCAUGUGGUUGCAUUUUCUCAUUGGUGCACCCCCUGUGAUAGUAUUCUCUUCAGCUUGUGCAGGAUUGGCAGGUGGUGCCGUUCCAGCCCUAGCCCAACUUGCUUCUUCAUCUUAUCAUGCAGCGGUAUCAUCACCUUCAUUGCCUCCACCUUCGCAAGAUGAAAAGAUGCACAAGUCCAGAACUUCCUCUACUCUGUAAUAAAACCUGCAUUCUUCUUGUGCGUAAGUGCGCAUGUGUGUGUGAACGAGAGAGUCAUUGAGGUUCGCCUAUGUACUGUGUAGAUGCCCAGUUCAGUAACAGUACGGUUCUCCGUGAAGUCACAAGAGCAUGCACAGAUAUGCUUGUUUGGUUAUACAAAGUUGUAAUAUUUACUUGGGUCAAGACAGUAUUUGUUUGAUAAUUUUUUUUGUUACAAAAAUGUUUAAAGGAGAUCAAAGGCAUGCAUUCCAAUAUUUUGACCACAGAUGAAAUUAUGCAGGGGGAAGUUGCGACGGUUCAUUCCUGCUGA